GGGUGCCUCUUAUGGGGAAGCAGGGUGGUGGUCCCCCCCCCGCUACAGAAGCGAGUUCUGGAGUCGCUUCACGAGACCCACCCCGGCAUAGUCCGGAUGAAGGCUUUAGCCAGAAGCUACGUCUGGCGGCCGGGGAUGGAUGAGGAGAUCAAGAACUGGGUGCGGAGGUGCAGCGUGUGUCAGGAGUCGCGCCCCGAGCCACCUAGCGCCCCGGUCACACGAUGGGAAACCACUAGGAAGCCUUGGUCCAGGCUCCACCUAGACUUCGCGGGGCCCUUCCAGGGACAGAUCUUCCUGAUCAUGGUGGACGCCUACACCAAAUGGCUGGAGGUCAUUCCAGUAGUGUCCACGUCAUCAGCAACCGCAAUCCGGGCACUGCGCCGGGCCUUUAGCACCCACGGUAUUCCAGACACUAUUGUCUCGGACAAUGGGGCGGCUUUCACCUCUGGGGAAUUUCAGGCAUUCCUCCAGAGGUACCUGAUUAAGCACAUAAGGUCUGCCCCGUUCCACCCGGCCACCAACGGGCAGGCGGAGCGAAUGGUCCGAACGACCAAGGAAGCCCUGAUCCGGGAGGCAGCCCGGGGGUUCUUCGCAGGGGACCCCGUGUUCGCCCGAAACUACGCCCAGGGACCUAUGUGGGUGGGGGGUCGGGUGCGGCAGGUAAUUGGGACCCGCCAUUACGAGGUAUCCACAGAGUGGGGCCAGACCCUUCGGCGGCACAUCGACCAACUGCGCCGACGCACCUUACCAGAAGUGCCAGCGGACGUGGAGGAGGCAUUACCCGGUGGAGAGCCGGCUAGGGGUCUGCCGGAGACCACAGCGCCGGCACCGACCCCGCACACUCGCGAAUACUCAGGACCGGGAGAGCCCGAGCGUCCCCCAGAGAUCGACCUCCCGCCCACAGCAGCAUCGCUUCCCGGAGAGACUCCCGCCGCCGAAUCAGCGCCCACACCUCAGGCCGCCCCUAGACGAUCCACCCGGGAGCGCCGGCCACCCGCCUACCUAAGGGACUAUGCACAGAGACUAGGGGUGGAGGGGUGUAGUGUAUCACGAGGAUGCCAUUACGAUAUAACGCAAUGA